ACCACCUUUUUAACUUUUCCUUUUAAUGGGGCCCAUGUAACAAUUUUUUAACUUUUCUUAUUCUUUCUCUCCUCUCUUUUCUGUUCUUCUUCCUCUCCAGAUCUGGGUUUGAUCAAAACCCAGAUCUGCUCUCAUUUCUCUGUCUUCUCUAGAAUCUUCCAGUCUUUGCUUUCGUCUUCCCCAGAUCUCACCUUUUUGUGCCCGGCAGCCCUUGGGCUUGCCGGAUUUUUGAUGCUUGAGCUGCCGGGAUCUCCGGUUGCUCAAGCAUGAUGGAGCCGAUUUCGUGCUCCCAGUUCCGAUGACCCUUCUGGUGGUCUUUUUUUCUUGUUUUUUUUUUCUGUUUUAUCUGGUUGUUUUGCUUGUUUGUUAUCAGAUCCGGUGGCUACCAGCCAUUACACAGAUCUCCAAAGGUGGUCGUCGGAUUCCCAGAUCUGGUGGCCAUGGAGCCUCUCACGGGAGAUGGUCACCACCUGAUGGGAUCUCCCCGCCCUGGUGUCCUUGUUUCAAGAAUCGCUGUGGUUUUGCUACGACGAAUUCGUCAUGAGCGGUGAAUUUGAAGAUCGACUCCGAGACGAACCUUCCUUCUUUGACAACUUCCACUUCUCGUCGAAAUAGAAGUUCGGCUGUGCGGUCACAGUUGUAGCCAGCGCGGUAGCCAUGGAAUUGAUUCUCAGGGUAAAAAACGAAAAACAGACUCGAAGCAAAGAGAGAAAAACCUGAACAGAACAGAACAAAACAGAGGGGUAUUGAGUUGUUGAGCUGAAUUCACUGAAAAAGCUGGAGAGUGAGGGUGGGUUUUGGGUAAUAUUUGAUUUUAUUUUGCAGGAGUAGUAGUAGGUUUAGGGUUUUGAAUUUGAAAAGGAAAUGAAAAGAGAAACAAAGAUAACUUGUGAUUUUUGGGGAACUUGAUUGAAACUGGAAAAAGAGAGAACAAAAUUUUCAUGUGGGCCCCACUAAAAAAAGAAAUUGAGAAGAUGACAAUUUGACAUGUAAAAAAAUGCCACGGUGUCAAAAAUGUCAUUGCUGGAUUUACAUGUCAUUAAAAAUAAAAAAAAGCCGAUGAUUUUGUGGCAUUUUAACGAGCCACCUGGCAUUUAACUGACAGAAGGACCAUUUUGGUACUAAAAAUGAAAGUUCAAG